GUUUUGGCUCAGAAACUCUGAGAGAAUGAUGACUCCAUUGAGAACCAAUCUCGCUCGCUCAGACACUGUCAAGUCACUCAAGCACCGCUCGUACUUCAACGUUGGACUGCUAUUCAUUGUGCUCGUAUUACUGGCGCCCUGUCAACGUGCACUUGCGCACACACAUCAGCUGCACCAUGGUGCUGCAGCGUCAAUGCAAUCCAAGCUCGAUUCUGCUGUUGAUGGAGCACCAUUGGGCGCGCAUCGCACGCUGCUCUCCACACUGCGCGUCACCAUCGAUCGCCAAGACAAGCUCAAGGCGCCUCAGUGGUGCUUGCUGGGUGUCAGCGAACGCCUCCCGCGCGAGGUCUUUGUCGACUUGGACGAGAAUGCAAUCUUGCGCUCAGCAGGCGCUGACGAAUCGUCGUUGUGCGGCGCUCCGGUCAUGGUGGCCGACGCCAGCUAUGUUGAUAUCGAACAACCGGCCUAUGCUGUACCAGACUACCAAGUGGCGUCCGGAUCACAGGCAGUCGUGACUUGCAAUGAACUCGAAUGCGAGCUCGCAGUCUGUCUGCGCCGGCGCCUGCAUCUGCGCUACCAGCAGCCGAAUGAAGGGGGUUUUGCGACAGCAGCGUUAUCAGACGAAGGGGUGCUAAUAUCCUACUGCUCAUGGAGCAGUGGCAUUGCAGCACCCACGGAUGCAGAGAUUGCCGAAGCGCUUCAAAACUACGUUUCGCGAAACACAACCCUUCCGUUCGUCUCGACAAAGGUUGCGAUGGAAUUGCAUCAUGAGGAUGCACCCGGUAUUGUGUUUCGCGUACCAGUGGGUCUCACAGGGCACACGGAUGUCGUGGUGAUUGUCACGAUCGGAGUUUCCUUCAUUUGCGUUGUGGUUUUACUCUUUGCAAUGGUGGGCUCUACACGAGUCGCCAAGCUACAUGCAAACUAAUAAGAUUGCCCCUUUUCAACAAGAGGAAAUUUGGUGCGGGAGGCUUUGCUCAAAGGGCUGCCGUGCAGAAACCGCUCAAAAUCAACAACAAUCCCCUCCUGGCUUCGUGUUAAUAAUUCUACAAUACAUUUACUCUGUUCUACGGAAGAGUCACAUGCAAU